AUGAAAUUUGUUCUUCUUCUUGCCUCUCUGGUCGCCACAUGCACUGCCUCUAAUUUGGAGAUUCUGGCUUCUCCAGCUUCGUUGAAGUUCCCAGAGGCCGGAUCCACCAUCAAGACCACCCAAAUCUCGACGCUCAAUGAGAAUCUUCUUGGACUUUCCGCCAGACAAGUGGAUGGCUUCUCGGUCGCUGUUGAUUUGUUUGCCCGUCCAAGAGCCCUUGCCGUUGUCUCGGUUGUUGGAGCUUCCGAUGAUUUCACCCUUGGAGGAAAAGUCUACUCGACGAAGAGCGACGGAAUCGAGACUGUUGGAUUCGAGCAGGAUAUGGCUUUGAUCUUCGGAGCUGACCGUGAAUCCGUCCAAGUGACCGCUGGAGGAAUCACCGGAUCCCAGCUUGCACUCGCUGCCAAACAAGAGACCAUCGACGCUUCCGUGAUCAAGACCGCCAGAAGCACCCUCAGAAGCGAGUUGGAGGCUGUUUACCAAUUGGCCGCCGCUAUUAAGGCCGCCGGUGUUCAGAUGGACAACAACGCUGAUGUUUUCCGCGUCAUCAUCAACGGACUGGUUGGAAUCACUGAUGCCGCUCAGAAGCAAGAAGCUGUCGCUGACAUCAAGGCCGCCAUCGAGGCUCUUACCUCUGCCAUCAACAACUCUUACGGCGGACAAGCUGUCGUCGAGCUUCUCACCUUCGAGGCCGAGUCUGGAGCCGCCGAAAACACAGCCGAGGACCGCGAAAUUCCAUCUUCCCACAACAUUCAAAAGAGAGAUGCCGCCGCUGACGCCUACAAAGACAUCAUUCAAAAUGCUCGCAAGGCUUACAUGGUCACAGUUCCAGUGUCCACUGACUACCCAGCCAUCUUUGCCAUUUUCUUCGGAUUGGUUGUGAUUCUUGUUGUGGCCUUGAUCUACAUCGUGGUCGGAAUGGCCUCCAUCGACCCAGAGAAAGACUCAAUCAUCUACAGAAUGACCACCACCAGAAUGAAGAAGGAUUAG